AUGUUGGUACUGGAAGUACCUUGGAUGGAUGAGGAAGACAAGCUUCACUAUUUCAUGGAAGGACUCCAGACAUGA